AUGCGGCCGUAUCGUCCGGAGCACAUCGAGAAAGUGAGGGAGAUCACUCGGGUGUAUUUGUCGACACAUGGAGAGCCUGUCGCCUGGGGAUGGGAUGGUGCAAAGCAACUGGGAAUCCUUGAUGUGGCAAAGCCAGACUUCGGAGAACCGCAAACAUUCGAGGAGGGCGAAGUUCCUGUAUUUUGGGCCUGUGGAGUCACACCUCAAAUUGCCGUCGAAGCAGCAAGUAAUACAAUUGAAGGCCUGGUCUUUGCCCAUGAGCCUGGUCACAUGCUAGUCACGGAUUGGACAGCAGAAGAUUUGCAGAAACUAAAGCCUGGAAGCAUUUAG